UUCUUUUCGGUCAGUCAGGUGACAAGUACAUCCGUUCCAAUACAAACUCAGCUCUUGAAGAGAAUCGCAUUAGGUUAUCUAUUUGUUCACUGUUCUAUGCAACUAGCCAUCUUAGUGGAGCUGCUUUCCAAACUGCCUGUCCUCACCGACAGAUUCUUUGACACACAGACACUGUGAAACUAUCUAGUGAUGAGGAAGUUGUCUAUGAUUUCCCAGUUUGAAGACUGAAACCUGCAAGCUCUCCGAUCGAAGGACUGCGGGGAUUCCAAGCGGAAUGGGGUGCUGUAGCGUGACCCAGAGGCAUUCUGGGACUGACCAGGUUGGGCCUGAAGAAAUGGAGCUCCUAGAAACAGGGAACGGAGGUAUAUGGUCUCUAGGUGAGACAAGCCACUGUGUUCCACUACAAAACACAUCAGGAUAUUCUGCUGAUUUCCCUCCUCAGAGCCCAGUAUCCAGUGGAAUAUCGAACAAAACUCUGCAUGAGGCUGUACUUUGGGGGCAGACUAGAGAAACUCUCCAUAGCAAGAUAUAUAACGAUCAUAUAGACGGCUGGGAAGGACAGGCCAUCCACACCUACAGAGAAAUCAUCUGGUCCUCGUUAGCAAAUCUGCUCAACAGUCAUACUCAGGAAAGAAGCGAAAUAUAUCUGGUUUUGUUUUCUUUCCACCUGCUAAUAUUAGCUGUGGACCAUGCUAAAAGAGGGUUUGUGUACCAGGGGAUUCUCCCUCUCUCAGGAAUGACCAUACAAGAAGUAAACAACAGUGAAAAUGUUUCAAACGUGUUUGAAAUUACAGCUCCAAUGGUUGAGCCUAAGAUGGUCAUCUGCACCAGUCCUACAGAGCGGAGGUUCUGGGUUGAUAACAUCAGGGACCGGGUGCAGAAAUCCAUGACGCAGCACAUGGUGCCCUUUCAGAGUGUUUUAUCCUGUUUGAUGCCUUUUGAUGUGAAGUGGAAGAAGAAUGAGCUGGAGAAGCAUUUGCUGCUCAAUCCAAUAUUGAACUGGGAGGGAACUCCAAUCCAACACCUGGGAAACAUACAAUAUAUAUCUAUGGUUGCUGUCACCAACUCAAACCAGGAGGGAAAUCAAACAAGACUUCUGGUGCUGUUUCCCAGUGAGCUAGUUAUACUGUCCUUUGACUUUCAAAGAGCCAACAUCCUUUACCAGGGACGUCUACCCCUAACCAUCAUCCAGGCUGUGGAGAAAUCAGCACUGCUGGGAAGACUGGAGUUUGAAAUUACAGGGGACAUGAUGGAGCCCAUGCUCGUCUCCUGCUUCUCUUCUGAAGACUAUGAGAACUGGCUCUUCCGACUGCAGAAGCCCGAACAAACUUUCAGUGCCAUCACAGAAGAGCCUCCCCCUCUGAUACCAAAGAAGCAGAAGAGUUAAUCCUGUGGUGCCACUGCAGAUGAGAUGAAAGCUAUGGAGUUUGAACAGCAGGUGUCAACCACAGUCACCUUGUGUCUACCCUCCCAAAAAUGAUGAACAGAAGAAAAAAACGCAUGUGACUUCCGAUAGCCUGCGAGCAUGAGACAGUGUUUUUAUAGCCGGGCUGUUGCUGGCACAUCAGCAGACAGGCUCUAGAGAGACUAGAGUUUACACUAAAAGUAUGGACAAACUGUUCCUUUCAAAGACGCGCUGAAUAACAAAUAAUGGAGAGUAUUUAUUUUAAGAAGCUGCUUGAAAUGUAUUCGCCCUUAACUGUAAAGCAGAGAACAGCAUUUCCAAAAUAAUAAAAAAAAAACAGAUCUGUUUAUGAUAUGCCACAGCUUCUGUGAGGCUUGUUGGGUUCUGCUAGGCCUUUGUUACUGCACUUUAAAAACAAAGUAUCUUGUUUCUUCUCACAGUCCAGUCAGAUAUGGUUGCUAAAACUAUGACUGUGUUGGUGUAACACAGAUAUGUUAAGAAUUACUGUAAAAUAUAAGGUACUGCAUCUUCUGAGUCACGUCAAAGAAAGAAAGUGGUGGUAAUGUGUUUAUCAUCGAUGAAGGAACUCCAUAUUUCAACAGUGUAGUUAAGCUCAAUGACAAUGGCUUGGCUUCCUGUCAGAAAUAUAUAUCUGCUAAGAAAACAUGCUUAAUAAAAAGCUGGAGUUCUGUAUGGCAAUGCUGUGAAAGUUUGUAGAGUUGAAUGAGACAAGGGUCUGGACUAAAAAUGGACAAGAAACUAAAACUGCCACAAAAAGUGUUCUAAAACAAGACUUCUCUGUAACUUCCCACAAUGUGAUUCUAAACAAGAAAAAAAAUACAUUAGUUAAAAUAACUGUGAUAUUCCAGACCUGAAUCAAGUUACCCUUUAUGUCAACCAUGAAAUGGCAAUGUAAUAUAAAAUAAAUAUAAAACAUAUUGAACAGCCUCCAUGCUUAAUGUUCUGUAUGACUGAAAUUGUUUUUUUGUUUUUGUGAGCGUGAAUGUAAUGUGAAAAAAGAAAGUGGUUUACUGAAGAGUUUUUGCUAUAUAAAUAUGAACCAACAUCUGUCGCCGUUAUCAGAAAUAUGAAUCUGUCCACUCUUGGGACAUCAACAUUACCUCAUCAUUAACUGGCACGUUUGUAUUUGAGCAGUUGGGAUUUUACUAGAAAAAAAUAAACAAAAACAACUUUUAGUUUGAGUUUCUUACUGAAUCACUUACUGUCUAUGCUGCAAAAUGUGUCUGAACCACUGUCAGAAUGGAAGGUGACAUUUAAGUGGUUU